AUGUCAGCUUCUGAAAUGACCACUCGCAAUUUGGACCAAACAGACAUAAACGACCAAACGAAAACAGUCACCGAAGGAGAUAUAUUGGAAGAAAUCCAUAACGAAAGCAACGUAUCUAAGAGAGAACACAUCGAAGAAAAGAUGAAUAACGUUAUUAACUCUGAAUCAAACAUUGAGAAAAAUGGAAAACAAGAUGGAUGCACAACCUCUACAACUGAAAUCAAGAAGCAAGAUGACAAAGAUGAUGUAGCUAGCGAGGAGGAUGUUUCUAAAGCCUUCUCAUUUACUAUCACAAUUCUGAUUGUUACAGUUACCAUUAUGAUUAGCUACAUUCUGUUCCUGUGUCUUUAUAUAAUUGCCAAAGUUUUACGUCGAUUAAAAGUUGCCACAACAAUUACAGGGAAUCAGAGAGAGAUGAAAUCAUGUCACAGGGAGCAGACAGAAACGUCUAUGGUGCAAGAUACUAUUGAUGAUGGUGACAAUUCCUCGGAAAGAGGUCAAAAGUCGGGAAGUAAAGGAAAUGUCAAAGAAAGCAAAAAUACAGGGGAGACAGAAAAAAUGGAUUCAGCUUAUGGUAUCACAAAUCGAGAAGUUAAAGAUAACAGAAAUAUUUCAGAUGAGAAAGCUGAACAGAAAAAUACAUGUAACUCCACCUCUCGGGCGGGAAAUAGGACACUCUCAGCUCUCACUGUCGAAAAUGGCGACGUGGAUGAAAAGGAUAAUGGAAUCAGCGGUGAACAAAAAACGAAAACAUUAGUAAAGAAAACUGACCCAUGGAGACCACGCUGUAUCUACCGCAACAACUCUACCGGACAAAUCCUUGUCGGGAUGAAGAGAAUUCAAACGAUGUCAAACCAAUCUGCCACAAAAUGGACAGGGAAGGUAACAAGGUAUAACAGCAACGGUCAACGAAUCCAGACCAUCCCUUGCAUGACCAAGAAAAAUAGUCAAGUAGAUUAUAGAACACCGUUCUGCAUCACAGAGAACUGCAACAGGGACAUCAUUGUGUCGGACAUUGAUCUAGGUGCUGUAGUGGUGGUAGACCACUUGGGACAAAAUAGGUUUCCCUACAAAGGACAUCAAUCAGAAUCCCAGCUUUUACCACGGGGUGUUUGUACAGAUGCACUGUCAAACAUUCUAGUGUGUGAUGACAACACUAGUGCUAUACAAAUGAUUGAUAAGGACGGUCAGUUCCUGUCAUUUUUACUUACAAAAGAACAAUUAACAGGCACUCCACACAUCUUGAGCAUUGACAAGAAAACUCAUCUUCUCUGGAUAGGAUCAUUAGAUAACAACGUGCUGUCUGUAUAUAGAUACUUAACCAGAUAUAACUAUGUUAUAAAUGGUGAACUUAAAAACAGACAACAGAGAGGAAAGGGAAGGGAUGAUCAGAAAGACAGACAACCAAUAAGGAGACCUAUUAAAAGACGUUGUAGAAAGACAAGCUUCUGA